CACGUGAUUUAAAUGCUUGCUCAUUCAUUUUUGUUGUCUUAAUUUCACUGUGAUCAGUUGCUCGUAUCAGCAUGUUGACCAAGCCUCCUCGUGCAGCAUUUCCCAGCUCCAUGAGACGCGUUUGUAGCGUUGAUUCAGGUCAACAUGGAGGAGGAGGAGGCGGGAAGCCAUGACUGAGACGAGCAAUGCUUGCAAAUAGAGAUGUACUGUUGGGCACCGUUUCCCACAGACAUUGAUUCAGCGUUACAGCUCUGUUGACGUUGAGAAGGAACCGGAAGGUUCCAGUGAUCCUUCAAGCCGAGCAUGAGCCAGACUGCAGACACAUCUAAUGAUGCUCCCAGUGCAGAAGUGCCCGCACCAGCGGCCCCAGCAGCAGCAAAGCUGGCGACCACCGCAGGAAAGAAGCAGAACAAGAAGAAGGUGGAGGAAGUGGUAGAGGAGGAGGAGGAGGAAUAUGUGGUGGAGAAGGUCCUGGACCGGCGUGUGGUGAAGGGACGCGUGGAGUACUUGCUCAAGUGGAAGGGCUUCUCGGAUGAGGACAACACAUGGGAGCCUGAGGACAACCUGGAUUGCCCAGACCUCAUCGCCGAGUUCCUGCAGUCCCAGAAGUCUGCGCACGAGGAGAAGAAGGAGGGUGGUAAGAGGAAAACGGGCGAGUCCGACAGUGACGUGGGCGGAGAGGAGAGCAGGCCCAAGAAGAGGAAAGACGAGGCAGAGAAGCCCAGAGGUUUUGCCAGAGGACUGGACCCUGAGCGCAUCAUUGGUGCCACAGACUCCAGUGGAGAGCUCAUGUUCCUCAUGAAAUGGAAAAAUUCAGACGAGGCAGACCUGGUACCAGCGAAGGAGGCGAAUGUCAAGUGUCCGCAGGUGGUCAUAUCCUUUUACGAGGAGCGACUGACAUGGCAUUCCUACCCCACUGAAGAGGAGGAGAAGAAGGACGACAAAAACUGAAGGGUAGCGGAAGGGGUUUGGGGGGCGGUGGGGGGGUAUUGCUUGGUUCCGACAGGUGAGGGCUGAAGAUUGGCCGUUUUUAGAUUAUUUUCUUCUAAGUUCUCCUUAUUUUGCUGCUGAAAGAUCCUGGACUUUUUGGAAGCUGGUGUGGUUGAGUGAGCAAACUGAUCUGGGGUGAGCGGUUUUGAGAAUGGAUUCGUGACAGAUGAGGAGGGAUGUGACCAAGAGGCUUCUCAGUUCCUUCAUUUCUGCUUUGGAUUAUGGGAAAUGUAGUUUUAACUCACAGGGGCUGCAUUGUCUCUCUCUGAAUGUCAGUGGAUGGUGUAAUCAACAGACUGGUUUAUGGAGAAAAAAAAAAUAUUGUGUGAGUAUACAACUUCAUAAACUAUUUCAGACAAAUCCUCUAUUCAAUAGAGGUUGGGACUGCAAGAUUGUUACAGUCAUGUCCAGUAGUCUCAGUGUUGGUAAGUUGGUCAUUUUAGUGCUUUAAUUGAUCUUGUCCUUGUUUCCCUUAAUGUGGCUGUCUCUCCAUAUUAUCAUGUGAUAUGUAAAUGCAUGUGUUUUUACCAGGGCUAAUGGAGCCUCUUGAGAGUUGUAAGCAAAAUGAACAAUAUCUACCCCUCUUCUUUCCAUUUUUAAUAUCCAUUUUAAUGCAGUGCAUUGGUACACAAUGAAUACAAAUGAAACCCAGUGAUCUUUGAGUUAUCUUGCAGCUACUGACUAAACUUUAAAUGAUCAGCCUUUGGAGGAGAGAACUACAUUUCCCAUAGUCCCCUAGAAACUCCUUAACAGUUAGUGUUUAUUGUAACAUAUUCUUUUUGAAAUGGUUAGGGGAGGGUCAAGAAUGGUCUACAUGUUUGGCCUACAUGUUUGUAGCGAUAAUUGAAGAGAUUCAUUAGAGAUCAUUGGGUGGGUUUUGAGUGGGGGGGGGGUCAAAAAAGUAUAUAUUCUAAAUCAACAACAGAAGGACACUGCCAUAGUUUAGUGUAACCUAAUGCACAUCCUUGUAUCAGUGUCCGGCAGGUGUUCUUUGCUGUCAAGGCCAAUCAGAUUGAAGUGGCCUUUGCCUCUCAUUCUGUUCAUCAUGUUUCAAGUUAGCCAAUGUUACAACGUUGAAUGUAGAGUGAUGUGAUGUGAACUGCAGGACACAAAAAUGCAACAAAAAAAAAAUGACCAGUGACCCUGGGUACCCACACUGUCCGGGUUGAGAGGUUCGGUCCAAUCAGCGCUUAAAGCUUAAACGGUCGUCAUCAUGGUUUUAUUGUACAGUUUAAUGUGCCUCAUGUUGAAACGAUCAGUAAAUGGCACAGACAUUCGCUGUGGAUGGUAUUCAGUGACAUUCCGAACUAUAGCAAGUGCAAACCCUUUGGACAUGUGAGUGGGGGAAUUGACUUUGAGGAGAUUGUAAACACCCAUUCCAGGAAGCAGGCCACAGAGAUGCUCUUGUGAAGUCUUUUCUGUUUUGCUACAAGCUUUCUUCCAGUGCUUUAGUACUGCUUUAUUGUAAAUCCUUUUGUUUUUCUGUUAUAAAAAAAACAUGCAUGUUACUACUCUUCAUUGUCACUUUGUAGGGGAUACUGUAUUUUGUUUUGAGUUUUGCAAAAUAAACCCUAAUUUUUAAGAAACAAA